GCCUGCUUGAGCUCGUGCGUCCUGCCAGUGUUUGUAUUAUACCUACUAUAAUCGUCUAAUCGUUGCAGAAUAAUAUAAUUGAAUAAUCGAUAAUUAUUUGUAACUAAUAACAUUUUUUGCGUGCACUUUAGCAGAGUCGCAUAGAUCAUUUUUACAUUAUAUUAUAGUUUGUUAUUUUAUUUGUUGUGUCCAGUGUUAAAUAGUAAUACAGUAAACAUACAUUUUUUAAUAUAAUAGUAACAUCAUGUCUACGAAACAACCGCUAAAGAGUCGUAAAAACCGGACGUAUAAUAAGCGAUGGGUCAUUGUUUUGUUUAUGGAAUCAAACGAUUACAGUGUUGUGCCUGUUAAUUGGCUAAUUUUACCACCAACAUUGGAGCUAACAGCGUUAAACAUUUCAGUAGUUGAAUUUUGUCGAUGGCCUCCAUUUAAUGUUACUAGCGUUGAACUAACAAACGCUUAUGAUCCAGAAGAUUUAUGGGGUUUAUUCAAAAUUAAAAUUUUGUCCAGUAAAAUAUAUGUCAAUUUCAAAGAAGCCUGGCAUCAACGUGUGGAGAUUGAAAGUUCUGCUACAGAAAAUGAAUCUGAAGUACUCAAAAAGAAAAAGAAAAACCACCAAAGAAGUUCAUCUGAAGAUGACAGUGACUUUGAGGAUUGUAGCUUUUCAGUAACACCUAUCAGCAAAAAACUAAAAAAAGAUGUGCCGAUAACAUUUACUGAAUUGCUGGUGAGGAAUUCCGAUGAAGAAUUCAAUUGUGAACUAGAGUCUGUAUCACCACCGGCAGUACAAAUUGCAGCUAGUUCCUCAGUAUCAUACAUAGUUAAUGAUAACAUACAUAUGCAGGCAACGUCUCAGGUUGAAAAUACUGAUGAAAUACAAUUAUAUGAACGAUAUGAACCAUUUAUUGUUCCUAAUACCUCAUAUAGUACAACCAAUACUGGUAGUUUAAAUCAGAAAAUCCUUGAUAUUUUAACUAAUAUGCAAUUGGAACAAGUCAACAUUAAAAAAGAGUUAGUGGCAUCAAAUUUAAUUUUGAAUCGAUUACUUACAAAAGUUGAAGUUUUGGAAACUAAUUCAAAAAACAAUAAUUUAAACUCUGCAAUGGCUAACCAGUAUAUUGAUUCAAAUUUUCUUUCAUUAUUCCCAAUUAAAGAUAAAGAUGAAUUUUUAUCAGUUGAAUCGAACAUAGUAAAUGAAAUGGACUUUGUGUUGAAACUAGAAUCAUUCAUUAAAAGUAUUGGUGGAUGUGGACUAAAAAGUAAUAUUACAAGGGUGUUACAAAAAAUAUUUAGUGAUGAAUUUGCUGUUAUCUCUACGUGGACUGGACGUGGUAAAAAUAUAUCGAUUACAAUAGGAAGUUCUGAAGUGAUAAAACUAAUAAAAAGGUUUAUUAAAGCUAAUUCCAAUGAUGUAUUAACGGAUUCAGAAUUUGAAAUCACUGUUGCUAAUUGGCUUAGACAUGCAAACACUCGUUUGAGUAGAGCAAAAUAAUUUUAAUAAAAAUUUGCAGUUCAAAGAAAAAAGAUUUAUCUCUCAUAUCAACAAAAUAUUUUAGAAGAGUACUAAAAGCUGAACAACAAAAAACUAUCCGACAAUUUGGCAUUGAUCUCAACACUUUGUCAUUUAG